GAGCCAGGUGGGGGCGAUGGGGUGUACGCCAAGUUCCUCAACUGGGCGUCCUACAAGAGCUUCAAGGAGCGACAGAGCGACAACUUCACGGACCCUGGCCGUACGCUCUUCCUCUCGACCCAAGUGCCUGGUCCUCCCUGCAAUGGAGCAGUUCGCGUGCAAGAUCCACUCGCAGCAGGUGCUAUACAUCGAGGCGCUAGCCAAUGUCGACAUGACCAGCCACAGGGAAUGCGGUUGUCGAUGGUGCAACGUAGAUGGCGGCCGCAGGUGGUGGGAAACGUGGAAGCAUGUGGGCACUUUCUCCGAUGCGAUUGCCCGCCCCAAGGUCAACUUGCGGGCAGCGGGCCCGGAGGGUAACAGUUGGAUGGGGCGGAAACCGGAGUGCAACGCUUUGGGCUGCGCUAUGUGUGGGUUAGGGGGGACUGACGGCAUUCCCAUCUGCAGCAAGCUGGAGACCUCCGAACAGACGGUGGUGUGGAAGAUGUUCGAGGACGUGAUCAUUGUGCCUGCAUCAGCGGAUGGGAAGAUCAAAGCCAAGAAGCUCGCCAACCAGACCGUGCAGAAGGAGGGCGAGCUUUGCACACCAAGCUGUACAUGGCUCAUCACUCUAUCGCCAAGUGGCAAAGGCACUGCCACGGGCGUUGCUUGGAGACGUUUCAGGACGGCAACGCUCAUGGUGGCCAUCGUCCACUUCAACCCGCAGACACACGUGGGGGGUGGCAGGGUGCACGUGACGGAAACAUGGAUCUUUGCAUCUGAGGACAUGGCACAUGACUGCGAUUUCCACCUGCACGGCUUGGCCAGGAUGGCGGACCACUACCUGCGUGGAGAUGGGAGCGAAGCAACAGCUGCCGCCCGGGAAAAAGGCAGGACGCCUCGGAUUCACAUGUUGACGGAUGGGUGCGGGAAGCAGUACAAGGGAAGGCGGAAUUCCCGCUUUUUGGCCGACAGCGUCCGGCAAAUUGGCUUCUUCAUCAACCACCACUUUGCGGCCACAUCUCACUUCAAAGGUUGUCAUGAUGGGAUCGGCGGAGUCGCAAAGAACGCCAUGAAGAGGAGGGAGAGCGAGGGGGAGGAGAGUACGCGGAAGUACUUCGCGAAGUGGUCUCCGUACCGCAUGCGGAGGGUGCACGUCGAGUUUAUCGGUAAGAAGGAGAUCUAUCGGCCAAACUCGAUCCUGGAAGGCGUAGAGGGUACACGAGAGAUGUACCACUGUGCGGGAGCAAACACUCCCAAGCGGGAUGGGUCCACCUCAACCAAGGGACGCGAAGAUGACUGUAUGCUCGUGCUGAAGAGCGAGGGGCAGGGUCCGUUGUCGAGUCUAGAGAAGAGCCGGUUGCGGAAGGUCAAGGUGUUGGGUGCAUUAGCGAGCAGAUGGAAGGCUCAGGGGGCUGGGUUGCAGGAUCCGAUAUCGAGGGAGGAAGACGUGACUUGCAGGAAGGUGAAACGGACCUACAGUCUCAGGACUCGUUUGGCGUCGUGCUUCUGCUCGGCGUGCCUGCGUUCUGAGUAUGAGCAGUGCUACGUUAGCAAGACGUACCCCCGCCUCGUUCCCGCAAUGAAGGAUGACGUAGUGAAGGAACCGGUGAUUAUGGACACUGGAGUAGCGCCCGUAGACGAAAAUGCCUCCGAGGGGAUCAACUUCCCGCGAUACAAGAAGGAAUGCAAGAAGAAGCGAAUAACUGGGACACAGUGGCAGGAAGGCGACUCUGCUACUGCAUCAAAGAUUUGGGAAGAGCUUGGAAGGAAGAAAGCCCAGUAUUUUUGCCCGUUUCGGAAGGUGGGCUGGCAUUUGAGUGACAUCCUUCUUGUAUUUGCUCGUGGAGCAGUGCUGGGCUUAAGAGCCCGUUUGAGGUCGAACUUGGGGGUGUGUAUGGGGGGCGGUUUCCGAGAGGAUGUGUAA